AUGGAUUGUAAUUUUUUUGAAGAAGAUGGUUCAUCAAGUAUGAACCAAACAAAUGGAAUAUCAAAAGAAAAUGUAAGUGAGAAAGUUUAUUCAGAAGAUGAUAAAAAUACAUCUUGUUAUGUUAGCUAUUCAUCUCAUAGUGAUGAUAGUUAUUUAGAUGUUGAAUAUGAAAAUGUUCAUAAAUCUAGAGAUAUAGAAAAUCAUAUAAAUGAUAAUAAUAAAAAUAUGGAUAAUUAUAAUUUAGGUUAUUGUAAUUUUAAUGAUGUUAUGAUAGAUAAAAAUAUUGAAUGUAUUAAUAAAAAAGAAUUGAAUUGUUUAAAAUUAAAAAAAAAUAUAUUAAAUCGAAGUGAAAAUUAUAAUAAUGAUAUAGUAUCAACAGAAUAUUCAGACAAUCAUACUUUAUAUAAAAAUUGUUCAGGUACUGAUGAUAAAAAUUAUAGUAAUAAUAAAGAUGAUAAAAUUAGUGAUGAUCAUAAGUGUGAUAAAUUUGUUGAUGAUAUGGAUAAUAAUCCAAAUAAUCAUGUAUCUAAUAAUGGUGAUCCUAAAAAAUGUGAGAAUCUCUCACCUGAUAAUGAUACGUCUAAUUCUAUACAUAAGAAUAAUAAUACUAAUAUUAAUGAAAAAAAAAAUGGAGAGAAGAAAUUCAUAGAAGGGCAUUUUCUGAGUGUUAUUAAUAAAUUUAAAAGAAGUUUAAAAGAAAAUGUUAUUGGGAAAAAAAUAUGGAAUAAUAAUAAUUCGGAUAUUACUACUAUAGAGCCUCAUACGUUACAAAACGAGGACAGCAUCACCGACAAUAAUAAGAGUAAUAAGAAAAGUGAUAAUAAUAAUGAUAAAAAGAAUGAUGAUGAUAAUAAUAAUAAUAAUAACAACAAUAACAACAAUAACAACAAUAAUAAUAAUAAUGAUAAUCAUGUGUGUACUUCCAACAAUCAACCAAAUACAAUAAAUAAACAAAACAAUUUACCAAGUCAUAAAAUAAAUGAUCAAAACGGUCGAACAAAAAUAACCCCUCAAAAUGUAAAUCAAAAAGAGAAGGAAAUAAAAAAUGUAGUGAAAGAAAAAAACAAUUUCAACAGAGAAGAAAAAGAUAUAACAAAUUCUGAUGAUUAUGAUGAAAAUAGCACAGAUGAAAGUUGUUCUUAUAAUCCUAAUAUUACAAGUUCUGAAAAUUCCGAAGAAGAUUGUUAUGAACCUUCUUCAGAUGAUAAACCUAGUAAUAAUACGUCUGAUCAUAUCAAUAUAAACGACAUUAGGAACGAUGUUCCUUCUAAUGACAAUGCUUCAAGCUUGAAUGUGAAAAGUGCAGAAAAUUGUAAUAAGGAGAAAAAGAAAAAAAAAAAAAAAAAGAAAAAAGAACUUAAUAAUGAUAAUAAAGACAAUACAUUAAAUAAUGAAACUAUGAAUGAUAUAAAUAUGAAUAAUAAAAAUGAUAACACUUGUUUUACCAUACAAGAAUCAAAUAAAAAUUGUAAGAAUGAAAAUUUUUUAAUUUUAGGAAAUGAAAAUGAAAUGAAAACCUCUAGGAUUAAUGUACCCAAAAUAGAAAUAAUAAAAGAUGAGGAACCUAAUAGAUUUUUUGAUAAUAAUGAUUUGAAAAAUAAAAAUAUAAAUGAUCACGAUAAUGAUAAUGACGAUAUUGAUUUUAUUAAAAUGAUCAAAGAUAAAAUGAAAAAAAGUAUAUAUAAUAAUAAGGAUAAUAAAUGUAUUUCAAAAAAAAGCAAUAUCAACAAAAUAGAGAACCCCGUUAAUAAUAAUAAUAAUAAUAAUAAUAAUAAUAAUAAUGAUAUUAAUAUUUUUAGUAAUUUAUCAGAACAAAAUAUACUAAAAAAGGAAAGUAAUGUAUGUGAGUCUUAUGAAGGAAGAAAAGAAUCGAAUAAUACAAUACAUAAAAUACAUUGUUCAAAAGGAAAAAAAAAUAUAAUGAAUUUAAAUAAUUCUAGUAACACAAGUAGUAAUUUUUUAUCUCAACAUACUCUUGAUGAUAUUAAUAAAAAGUAUAAUGUAUUAAGUGAUGUGAAUUUGUUAAAAUUAAUAGCUCAUUGUUCAAAAAGCAAAAAUGGAGAGUUUCCUAGUAUGGAUGAUAAGAUUAUUGAGGAUUUUAUAAAUAUGAAAAAGAAUAGUAUAAAAAAUGAAAUAAAAAAACAUAUUAUAUAUAUAUGUGCUAAAUGUAGAUUAGAAAUGAAAUUAUCUAAUAAUCCAUAUUUAUGUUUUGAAUGUUUUAUUAAUGAAAUGAAUGCACAUACAGGUAAAACCGUACGUAUGGCCAAUGGAACUGAUUUUAAUAUUAAAGAUGUAAAAGUUAUAAAUUCAUACAUUUCUAAAUUUUUUGUUGAGGUAGAUAAAUUAAAAAAUAAAUUUGAAAUGGAUGAUGAAGAAAUAAUGUUAAUGUUUAGUGAAAUGAGAAAAAGUACCUUAUGGAAUUCAGAAAAAAAUAUGUGUAAAUUAUUUUUUGAUAUUUUUAAAAAUUAUGAUAUAAUUGAUAAUAAUAGUAUAUUUUCAUCAAAUAAUAAAACGAGAACAGAUUUCCUUAAACAGAAUUAUGAUAUAAAAAUAGAAGAAUGGAAUCAAAAUGAAGAUGAAAAAAGAUUAAUUAAUAAUAUAAUUAAUAAUGAAAUAUUAUCCCCUGGUUAUAUAAAAGAAUUAUUAAAAUUUUAUAAUUUUUCAAAGAUGAAAAUGAAACCUAAAACAAAUGAACAAAUAGAAGAAAUAUAUCUUAAGCCUAAAUCUAAAAAAGUGAAUCAUUAUAAGAAUAUCAGAAAAAAAAAAUAUACUGUUCAUAAAGAUAUAUGUAAAAUAAGAACUGUAUGUAAUUCUACAUGUAGAAUAAAUAGUUGUAAUUAUUGUAGUUGUAUAUUUGAUAGUAUCAAAUGUAGAUUUAUACUUAUUAGUAAAAUGAAAAAUACUAAAAAAUUGGUAUAUGAAAAACGCAUAAAUAAUAGUACUAUUUCAGUAGAAAAAAUGCAUGAAGUUAAGGAAAUUAAAAUAGAACAAAAAGAUAUAUUUAUUCAUGAUGAUCAGAAAAACUCUAAAGAUGUUCCCCCAUCAUAUAAUUUUGGAAAUUCCCCUAUUCCAAAUGAAGAAAAGCCAAAUGUUAAUAAAGAAGGGAAUAUACGAAUAAGAAAUGCAAUUAACAUUUUCAAUAAAAAUAAAAAUAAUAAUAAUAAUAAUAAUGAUAAAAACGAUAAAAAUGAUAAAAAUGAUAAAAAUGAUAAGAAUGAUAAAAAUGAUGGUAAAAAUAAUAAUAAAGGUAAUGAUAAAAAUAAUAAUAGAGGUAAUGAUAAAAAUAAUGAUAAAAAAAAUAAUAGAGAUAAUGAUAAAAAUAAUGAUAAAAAUAAUGAUAAAAAAAAUAAUAAAGAUAAUAAUAAUAAAAAGAAAAAAAAUGGUAAAGAACAGAAUGAAGAUAGUACAGAGAGUGAUGAUGAAAGUUCUGUAAUAGAUGAUAAUUAUAUUGACGAUGAUAGUUGUGAUUGUGAUAGUGAAAGCGAUUCUAUAGAUUAUGAUACAUCAUUUAAUAGUGAAAGUAAUUAUGAUGAUAAUAGUUUUAUAGAUAUGAGUGAUAACGAUAAUACUCUUAAUUAUAUAAAGAAUUAUGAAACUACUUAUAAUGCAUUAGAUAUAUUUAUGAAAGAUAUUGAUAAAAUAAAUAAGAAUAGAGAGGAAUUAAAUAAUAUUUUACCCAUAAAAAAAUCACUAGAUAAUUAUGUAUUACCAAAUAUUAUAACACAAAAAGUAUUACCUCCAGUUAUUUUACCAUUAAAUAAACAAAUGACAAAUUUAUUUUAUGAAUUGAGAUAUCGAGAUUUUUUUCAUAUUGAAAAAAUUGAUUAUUAUAAAUUAUUUACAAUGCAGAAAGGUAUUUCAAAUAUAUAUAUGAAGAAAUUCUUAAUGAAUAAUGAAGAUAUGUCUUUUAAUUCUAUAACAAAUGGAAUAGAAACAUAUAAUUAUACAAAUGAAAAUAUUGUAAUAAAUCAUAAGAAUAACAAUGGAAAAAUAGAAUUAUAUAUACCUAAUUUUUGGAGAAGUAUUAAAAGUGUAAAUGAAAUAAAAUCUCUUACAGGAAAUUAUUAUGAUUUCUAUUACAAAGUAUUAGUACAUCCAAGAGGUAAUUCAAAUGAUGAUAAUUAUAUGUCUGCAUAUUUAGAAGUUAUUAAACAAGAUUUUUAUCCAUCAGAAUGGGUUUUUCCAAAUGUUCAUUUUCAAUUAACAGUUCAUAAUUUUAAAAAUAGAAAGAAUUCGAUAUCAUCUGCAUCAUGUUGGUCAUUUACAAAUAAUUCUUUAUCUCGAGGAUGGCAAAAAAUGAUAAGUCAUUCAAAAAUAAAUAAAGUUUCAGGAUUCUUAGAUGAAUCAGGUGGUUUAUUAAUUAAAGGAAAAGUAGAAAUAACAUUUAAACAAUUAUGGUCAAAAAGUGUUCAAUAUAGUCCUAAAUAUAUAUGGAGUUAUAUGCCUGAAAAAUUAUAUGCACAUUUUCAACAAGAGGAUCCUUUACUUAACUUUUUAUUCAAAAAAUCGUAUUUUAAAAACAUUUUACAUAAAAAUGAGAAACAUAAUAAUUACAAUAGUAGUAUUAAUGAUUUGAAAAAAAAUGAUAAUAACAAGAGCAACAACUAUUAUAUAAACAAAAAUAGUAAUUGUGAUAAAAAUAAAAAUAUUGAUAGGAUGAAGAAGAUGAGUUAUUAUAAUAUGAACUAUUUAUAUAAUAGAUAUACAUUAGAUAUAUAUAACUAUUCUUUAUAUUGGUCUCCACAACUUGUUAAGAGUUAUUUUGGCAAUGUAGAUCAUAAGAAAAAAUGCAAUAAAUCGCUUGCUAAUAAUACAAAUAAUGUUAUCCAAAAUGAUAUGAAUAAGGAAGAAAAGGUAUUAGAUAUUAUUAGUGAUUCUUAUAGUAAUAUGCAUGUAUAUGAUUUGUUGAUUAAAAGGAAAAAUUUAAAUGAAUUGAAAAAAUUUUCUAAAGGGGGAAAUCUACAAAAUGAGCAAAAAGGAGAUGAAGAUGUAAAAAAGGAAGAUGUAAAAAAGGAAAAUGUAAACAAAGAAGAGAUAAAAAAUGGAAAUAAUAAUAAUAAUAAUGAUGAAAAUGAGAACGAAGUAGAUGACAACACAGUAAGUACCACCGAUUAUCUAACCCUAGAUGAUAGAAAACAUGUGUUAACAUUAACUAAUUAUAUUGUUCCCAUUGUAGAAUCAUUUCACGAUAAUGACAAUUUAACAAUCUUAGUAAAUACAUUAUACAAUAUUGAUCUAUUUAAAAUUAUAGUUUUGAAAUAUAAUGGGAAUUUAUAUAAUAGGAUAUUAAUGAAAUAUAUUAAAAAAAAGAGAAAAGAAAAAAGGUAUAAAUUAGAAUAUGUUAUGAAAAAAUAUGGUAUAGAAAAACAUUUUACAAAAAAUGAAGUAAUACAAAAGAUAAAGGAAUAUAAUGAAAAUAAAAUUGAUAAUUAUGAUGAUUGUAUAAAAUGGAAAAAUACGCUUAUACAAAAAUUACAAAUAAUAAGUGAAAGAAUAAAAUAUUUAUAUACAUAUAUGAAUGAUAAAAUUAAUAAUAUGAAUAAUAUUAAUUAUAAAUCAUAUUUCCAAUUAUGUAAUUCAAAUGAAAUUCCAAAUAUACAAUUUAUAAAUGUUAUAGAUAUACAAAAAGAAGAAAUUAUUAUAAAUGGUAUAACACGUAUUAAUAAUUAUAUUAAUUAUUUAAACGUUUGGAUACAAAAUGUUAAUGAUUGUAUAAAUUAUGUAACAAAUUGUGGAUAUAAUUUUAAUUAUUUAUCUAACCUAAAUAAAGUAAAAAUAAAUAUUAAUGAUUUAAAUAAUAAUAUUGUUGAUGUUAAUAAUAGUAUACAUAAUAUUGAAAAGGAGGAUAUAUUUAAAUCAUUAAGUUAUCCAAAGGAUCAUUCCACAACUUUUGAAGGUAUUCAUAACAAUAUGUCCCAUAAAGAAACAAGUUCAAUUCAAAACAAAGGCAAAGAAAAAUCUAAUAACAACAUCAAAAGCGACGACAACAAUAAUAAUAAUGAUAAUUAUUGUGUUGGAGAUUAUUUAGAAUUUUUGGAAUAUGAUUUUAUUGACAAUCCAGAUGAAUUGAAAAGAAUUCCUUAUAGAUAUUCUAGUGAUUUUAAAUCAUUCCAUAUGUUUGAAUAUUUUAGAAAAAAUAAUAAUAACGUUAUUGUUUCUUUACAAAGAAUCUUUAUUUGUAUGCAGUUAUAUUCAUUAGUUCUUUGUGCCAAAAAAAAAAAAGAUCAUUUUGAAAAAUAUACAUCAGAUGUUAAUUUAAAUGAACUCUAUUAUAAUGAAAAGGAUAAUUUCCAUGAUAAUAUGAAUAAAUUUAAAGGAAAGAACAAUAAAUAUAAUAAAAAACAAGAAUAUUAUAAUCAAAACAAUUAUGAUUGUGGUGUAAAAAAUUCUUAUUCAUCCUCCUUGUCAACAGCUGUUGAAACAUUAACAGCUAAUGGAAUUAAAGAAGCUAAAGAUGAUGAUUUAAACAAAUCAUCUUUAAAUAAAAAGAAAUGUCAUGAUAAAGAUAAUAACGAUCAACCUCAUUAUGUUAGUACCAAUAGUUCAAAUAGUGAUGAUGAUGAUGAUGAUGGUGAUAAUAAUAAUAAUAAGAAUGAUAAUAUGGAUGAUGAUUCGUAUUAUGAAAGGAAUAGUAUUUUUGGAGAUAAUAAUGAUGAUAAGGAUGAUGAUGAUGAUGAUAGUUAUUUAGAUAAUUUUUCUGAUUCUGAUGGGAAAAAAAACGACCCUUCAUAUAAAUAUGACAUAGAAAAUAAUGAAGAAAUGAAAUUUUAUAAAGAUUUAGAAUUACGUAAAAAAAAUUGUUUAUAUUAUUAUAGAAAUGCCCUCUUUUAUAAUGGUUCAUCUAUGAUACCUUGUGAAGAAAAUAAACAUUUUACUAUCCCUUUAAAAGGUAUAGAUAAUAAUGGUGCAAACCCUGAAAAUUUUGAUGAUGGUACAGAAAAUAUGUGUUCCUUUUUAAAUAUGUUUAGCAAAAAUGAUAAUUAUUUGAAUUUAUUUAAACCAUUAAUUCCAAAUAUUAAAAUUUUAUUAUUUAGUUUAAAUAAAAUUUUAUUUAAUAAACAUAGAUGUAAUGAACCCAUUAGAAAAAUACAUGAAGAGCUGUUUAAAAGAAUCGUUUGUGAUGUAGCAAGGGAUAAAAUUAAAUUGAAUAGAAAAAUUAAAAAACUGAAGAAACAGAAUAAUAAAGGUGAUAUUAUUAAUGAUUUAAUUAAUGAUUUAAAGGAAUUACGUUUUUUUGAAAAAAUAUGUUAUGAGUUGUUUAAAUUAAAAAGUAAAAAUUAUAGUGAUGAUGAAGAUAGUAAUAAUAGGAUGGAAGAAAGUGAGUAUAGUGAAAAUUCUAAUGAUUUAAGUUAUGAUGAAUUUGAUUCUAAAAUAUCAAAAUAUCCAACAAAAGUAGGAAAUGAAGGGAAAAAAUCAAAAGAUAAUAAUAAUAAUAAUAAUAAUAAUAUGAUGGGUGAUGAUGAUAAUAAAGUGAAUAAAAAUGAAGAAGGUAACGAACAAAAUGAAAGUGCACAAAUUAAGGAAGGUAAGGAAAAGAAAUUAAGGGAUUUUAUUCAGAAGGAAGAUAUACGAAAUGAAGAUAAUGAAUCUUAUGAAUAUUACAAUGAUCAAGGUACCGAGAAUUUAGAUGAUAUGAAUUCAGAUGAAUAUAUGAAUAAUAAUAAUAAUAAUAAUAAUAAUAAUAAUAAUAAUAUAAAACGUUUAGAUGAUUCAUAUAAUAAAUUAUUGAAAAAUAAAAAUAUUAAUUCAUUAAUUUAUAAUUUAGUAAGUAAAUUAAAAAUGGAUUUUUAUAAAAAUUAUAUUAUUUGUGAUAAGGAUAUUUUUAAAACUAUUGGAAGGUUAUGUUUUAGUGAAAUACCAUAUGUAUUAUUUUUAUAUAUGGAUUGUUAUAAGAGUUUAGGAAGAGGUGAUUUGGUUGAUAUACCUUUAUAUUUAGAUGUAUUUGAAGAAAAUGAAGAAAUGGAAGAUGAUAGUAAAGGUGAAAAGAAUUUAGUAUAUUCUAUAAGAAGAAAUAAUAUGAGAAAUAAAGGAGAUGGAUCAUCUAAGGAAAAGAUUACUUAUCAUUUAUAUGCUCUAGUUAUAUCACAAAAUAAAAAUCCAAAUAAUAAUUUAUUUAUACCUAGUUACAAUAAAGUGAAUGAUAUGGAAUUUAAUAUAGGAAAUGAUUGUAAUUUGAAUUCUUCAUCUUAUUUAAUUUUAAAACCACAAAUAAAUGGACCAUGGUAUCAAAUAUAUAAAAAUAGAAUAACACAAUUAAAACAAGCUACCGAUUUUAAUGAAUGGAAAUGUCAUAGAGAUUUUUAUUGCUCAUGUUGUAUAUAUGUUAGUGAUAAUUAUUUUGAAAUGCAGAAUCAUUUCUUUUUGCAACAAUUUAAUAUUAAAGAUAUUAAUUUUCCUUUAUAUGUACAUACAUUAAAAGAAUUUGAAAUAGAGGAAGAAGAUAUUUUUGAAUUUGAUAGAAAUAAUAAGAAUGAUGAUAUGUAUUCAUCAUCUGUAAAUAAUGGUUUAGAAGAAAAUUAUGUUGAUGAAUUAAUAUAUGAGUUGAGAAAAUUCUCAUUAGAUAAAUCAGAAAAAAAAUUAAAUGAACAAAAGGAUGGAAAUGGUGUUCCUAAGAGUAGUAAUGAUAAACUUGUUUCAUACAUUGAAGAAGAAAAAUAUAGUUCACAUUUUAAGAAAGUUUUUGAAAAAAAUAAUCUUUAUAAACUAGUAGAUGAUAUAAAUGAAAAAUAUAAUGUAAAAUAUUAUGGUAGUAGUAAAACCAAAAUUUUUAGUAAAAAAAAAAAUGUUCCUAUGAAUAUAAAAGAAGGAACUUUCCCAUAUAUUAAAACAGAACAUGAUAUAAUAUAUAAUUGUUUACAAGCUCAUCAUCGAUUAAUGAUAAAUGUAAAAGAGGAAUUAAUUGAUGAUGUAAUAAAAGUAAAUAAUAAUAAUAAUAUAUGUUAUAAUUUUAAUAAUCAUCAUAAAUCUGCUGUAUGUAUUGUCUUAAAUAAUCAUAAUACAUUAAGAGAAGACAAGAGAAGACAUUUUUUUGAUUUAAAAAAUAUAAUUAAGAAUUAUGAAAAAUUUGAUAUGAACAAUUUAAAUAUAUAUAAUAGUAAUAUUAAAUUAAUGAAAUUUAGUGAUAACUUUUCUACUGGAUUAAUUAUAACCAAAAACAUGCCAUUAUUUUAUAGUAAUAUAACAUUAAAAAAUAUUAUUAAUGUAAGAAAUAACUCUAUAAUCGAUAGUGACAAUGAAAGGAAACAUUUAAUUCAUAAAAUUGGAGAAGAUCAUCAUCAUAAUAAUAAUAGUAAUAAUAAUGUAGAAGGAAAUAUAAGUAAGGUUUAUUGUAAGAAGGAGUUAAAAGGAAUAAUAAGUUCCAAUGAAACCAAUGAUACGAAUCAUACAAAUCGUACAAAUCGCACAAAUGAAAUGAAAGAAGAAAAUGGUUUGAGUGACAUAAGAAAUUAUGAACAAAAUGAUAAUAUUACCACAACAAAUACAAAUGACAAGAAAUUAGAUGUGGUGGAUAAUAUAUCUGAAACGAAUGAUUUGAAUUUAAUAAGAAAGAAUGGUGAUAUAAAUAAAUGUAUAGAAAAAGGAAAUGGAGGAGGUAAAGGACGUUUAAAUGUUAUGAACAAUAAUAUUCAGAAAUGUAAAAAUAAAUAUAACACAAAGAAAGAAUGUCGAAAUUUGAAUAUCUUACAUUGUAAUACAAAUAAUAUUAUAAUAAAUCGAAAUGAUAUGAAUUAUGUAAAAUAUAUUAUGCAACUUGAAAAUUUCUUAAAAGGAAUGAAUUUUAAUAAUAAAUUUUUUUUUAAUAUGAAUAAUGUAAAAGACCCAAUAAGAGAUCCAUUUCAUUUAGAAAUCAAUAAUGUAUUUUAUAAUUUUUUUGAAGUAAAAAUGAAUAUGAAUAAUAUUAAGAAGAAUUAUAUAAAUAAUCAAGAAAAAUCUGAAUUACAUAGUUAUUAUAUAAAGACUUGUUUAAAUAUAUUUAAAAGUUUUUUCCAUGAAUAUUUCUAUUUAAGUUUUAUAAAUAAAAUGGAAAUAAAGAAAAAGAAAAAGAACGCUUUUAAAAAUUUUUGUAUUGCAUUAUCAGAUAUAUUUUUCACCAACUUAAGUUUUAAGUCAGAAGAAGAUGAUGAUAAUUUUGAACACUUACAAGGAGGUAUAAUAAUAUAUGAAUUUUAUGAAAAGAGAUUUAAAAAAUUGAAAUUAAUAUUAAAGAAAAUAUUUAUGUAUUUAAAUAUUAUAUGUAUGAUUAUAAAAUAUAUAAAACUGAAAAAAUGGAUUUUUAAUGAAAAUUUCGAUAUGCAUACGUGCAAAAUGCAUGAUACCUUUUUUUUUAAUUUUUUAUAUUUUUUUUAUAAUAAAUAUUCCAAAAAUUGUAAAAAUAAUUAUAUAAAGAAAUUAUGUCAAAAAUCUGCAGUAAAAAAAAAACAAAUUAUAAAUGGUAUUAAAAAAAAUAUGAAUACAGUUAAAGAUGAAGAUUUUUAUUUCCUUGAAUUUUAUGAUAAAUUGUUUGUAAAACGUGAACCACUUAUGCAAGAACAUUUAUCAAAUAAACUGGAUAAAUUAUUAACAUAUUGUACAUGUAUCAUAUCAACGAAUGAAACACAAAUAAUAAAUCCAAAAAUAUACAAAAAAAAAAAAGCAUUAUUUUUUGAAAGAACACAACAUAAUAUUGAUUGUGUUUUUAGAUAUUUUUCUUCUUCAUUGCACGAUGAAAUUUUAUAUUUAAGUAAAAGAAGAAAUGAUUUUAAUGAAAGAAAAAAAUAUAAAGAACAAGAUAAAAUUGCAUCAGAAAAAGAAGACCAAAUAUAUUCUAUACAUGGAAAUAAUAUGAAUAAUCAAGACCGUAUGUAUUUAUAUAUUGAAGAAAAUUUUAAUUCCAUAGAAGAAACUAAUCCUAAAAGAAUGGAAUAUUUUUUAUUAAAUUUAUUAAAAAAUAAUGAAAAAAAAAGAAAAACAUGCGUUUUAUGUUAUUGCGUGCGAAGAUAUUAUAUGAAUUUUUUAAAUAAGUUAGAAAAAAAAUUAACACAUGAUUUUAUUGAAAAACAAAUCAAUUUUAUAUUUGAUAAUAAUUAUUUAGAAAUAACCAAAUUAUAUAGAAGAACAAAAAAUAAUUUAUUAGAUCCAAAUUGUAAUUGUCCUAGUUUAUUUAAUUAUAUAAAUAUUGAUACUGUAGAAGCAUGCAUAAUAUAUUUACUUCAAACCAUGUGGAAAUUUUAUAUUUCUUAUAUCUUAUCGAUACCAAAUGAAUUGGAACAAUAUUAUGAAAAUCUAGCUAAAAAACAUAAGAGAAAAAAAUAUAAAAAUUCAAAGGAUGAAAAGGGUUGGAAUUUUAUUAAAUUUUUAAAAGAAGAAAAAACAAAUAAUCUAAUUAAUAAAUAUAUAUCAUUUAAUGAUGAUAGUGAUGUGAUAUCUACUAAUGAUGAAGAAAAUGUAGACCGUUCAGAUGAUUCAGAAUCUAAUGAUGAUAAGAAAUAUUCAAAAAAAAAACAAAGCAAUUUGUUAUUAUCAAAUUUUGAUUUUGUAGAUAUAUCAUCCAUAGAAAAAUUAACUUCAGGUAACUCUAGUUCUAAAAAUUCUAAGAAAAAUAGUAAUAAUGAAAGUAUCCAAAUGGAUAAUACAAACAAUAGUAAUAGUAAUAAUAAUAAUAAAAAUGAUAACAAUAAUGAUAACAAUAAUGAUAAUAAUAAUUCUUUUUGUUAUUAUUGUGCAGACGAAUUAAAUGUAAAAAAUGGAAAAAUUUUAGAUACAAACAAAAAUAUAGAAUCCAAUGACAAAUCAUAUAAAAAUCAAAAUAUUCAAUCAAAUGAACAAAGCGUCACACCAAAUCGAAAUAUCGAAGAAAAUAAAGAUCAUGAAAAGAAAUCGAAUAAUUCAUUUUAUAAUAUUAAUUUAGAUAUUUUAAAACAAGAUGACUUAUUUUAUAAAUGCACAAAUGAACAUUUAGGAAAUGCAACUGCUGUAUUAAAUAUCUUGCAAAAGAAAUUAGAAAAUGAAGAAUUAAAAAAACUCAUGAAAUUAUUCCAUUUUAGAGGUUUUACAGAAAAAAUACCAAAUGAAGAAUGUUCAAAGAAAAAAUGUAUAAAGAAUAAAAAUGUUCAUAAAAAUAAAGAUGAUGUAAUAGUAUCAGCUCAUAAAGAGAAAAAUGUAAAAACUGAUUCAUCAGAUGAUAAAAAGAAAAAAGAAGACAAUGAAAAUAAUAAUAAGAAUAAGAAUAACAUAAUUCAUAAUAGUACUAAUAAUAAUGUAUUAAAAGAAAAUAUUCACAAUAUUACACAGAAUGAAUAUAUAAAGAAUGAUUUAAAAAAUAUUCUUUCCAAAGAUAAUUUAAGGAAUGAAGAUCCAUCAGAUAUCUUAGAAAAUAAUUUAGAAAGUGUAUUCAAUGGAACGCAUGUAGAUCAAAAGUUUAUAUCCAAUUUUUACGCUAAUUUAAAAAUAUUUAAAGAUUGUUUAGAUAAAAAUGAAUUAACAAAAGGUAAUAACAGUAAAGAUAAUAAUAAUAAUAAUAAUAAUAACAAUAAUAAUAACAACAAUAAAAAUAAUAUGGGACAAGAAAAUGUACUUAUGUCAACUAUUCAUAAAGUGAAUGAAACCAUGAAAAAAUACAAUAUUAAUAAUAUAAAUGAAAUAAAAAGUGUAUUAAUAAAAAAUGGGUAUGAUAUACGUAAAUGUUAUAACGGUAUCGAUUUAAUUUUUUUAUUUUUAUCAAAAAUAAAAGGUGCAAAUGUGAAUUUUAUAAAUGGAAAUAAUUUUGAAAGUAAUAAAAAUAUGUAUGAAAUUUUAUUAAGUAAUUUCAAAUCUUUAAAUUAUGAAAAGAUUGAAAAGGAAUAUUAUAGUUUAGAUUAUAUAUUAGGAAACUUUGAAUAUAUUGAUGAAAAUUAUAUAGAAGAAAGAUAUGCUUCAUUUUUUAAUUAUAUGGAUGUUAUAUUUACAACACAGAAUAUGAUAGACGAUUCGGAUAUAAUAACGCAAGAUAUAUUUAAUCCGUUUAUUGAUAUUAUGAAUAACUUAUUUUGUUAUGGUAUUGGAUUAAUAGAUAAUAAUAAUAAUAUGAAUAGUAGUAGUAAUAAUAAUAACAAAAUUAAUAGUAAUAAUAGCCAUAGUAACAACAAAAACAACAAUAACAAAAACAAAAAUAAUAACAAUAGCAAUAAUAACAACAACAACAACAACAGCAACAACAACAGCAACAACAACAACAGCAACAACAACAACAACAACAAUAAUAAUAAUAAUAAUAAUAAUAAUAAUGUUAAUAAAGAAAUAAUAAAAUUGAAUAGUUUAUACUCCUUUUUAGAUAAUUUACACAAAUGUGUAGGUUCCUUAUUAAUUAUAGACAAAAGUUAUGAUUGCAAGAAAGAAUUAUUUUCAUUUAUACAAUAUAAUAGUUUCUUUUGGUAUAUUUUAUAUAAACAAUAUAAUAUGUUUUUAACAUAUUAUGAUAUGACUAAUCAUUGUAAUUUCUUUAAUAUAUUUUUAUUUCAUUUUUUUAAUUAUACCUUUAAUUUCCCUAUGGAUAAUUUUUUCCAAUUAGAUAAUAAGCUAUCUUUUGAAAAAGAACAAAUUGUGAAUCAUUUAUUUACGAAAUUUCCAUUUUUAAAAGAAGAAGAAAAAUCAUUAUUCCAUAUUAUUAUGAGAUUUUUAUUGCAAGAAAAAAAUCAUUUUUAUAAUUAUUAUUAUAGUAAUGAGCUGUCACUUUUUAUUUUUAAUGCUAUUAUGUCCUUGAAUAAUUUUUAUUUAAAUAUGAAGGAACCUAAUAUAUUUUCGAAGGAUUAUACCAAACUCAAUGAUUAUAAUUUUGUUUUGAACAUGAAGGAAGUGUAUGACAUCCAACCUGCCGUAAUAAAUAAGAAGAGCAAAUGUGAGGAGAGUAGUAAUAAAAUAUAUAAUGUUUGUAAGAGUAGUAAUAAUAAUGAAGAGAUUAAAAGUGUUGAAAAUGAUAAGAAUGGUGGUAAUAGUUAUUUUGAUAAUUUUAUAUUAAAUAAAGAGAAUAUUUUAGAUAUAUUAGAAAAGAAAAAUGAAAAAGAAAUAUAUGAAAUAGGAAAGGUAUUUGAUUUUCAUAUAAAGAAUGAAUCAAUAUAUUUUAAGAAAAGAAUAAAUAUGUUAGAUUUUGUUAUGAAUGAUUAUAAGAAGGAGAAUUUUGUAAAUUAUAGUAACUCAGAUAUUAAUAAUAAAAUAUUUUAUGUAGCUUAUAAUUAUCCAAUUAUUAAUAUUAAUAACAAAAAUAAUGAUUUAUUUAGUAUUUAUUUAAGAACAAUAUAUAAAUGUAAUGAACAUUUUAGAAAUUUGAAUCAUGUAUUUUUUAUAUAUAGUAAUUAUUUUUAUAAUUUUCAUAAUUUAUUUUUAUUUUUUAAUAAGGAUAAUGAUUUAUUUAAUUCAUUAUUUAAAUUACGUUUCAAAAUUGAUCAAGCUAAACAAAUGGAUAAUUUCUACUAUGAUAUGGAAGAUAAAAAUAAUAAUACUUAUAUGAAUAAAGAAUAUGUACAAAUAAAAAAAAAAAAUGAAAACGAAAAUAAUAUAACAUUUUCGAAUCCCAUUGGAAAUUACAAGAAUUAUGAAUAUGCUAUACAUAAUAGUAAGAGUGACAUAUUUUAUAUAUUUGAUGAUAUAGUAUAUGAUAUAACUGAAUCUGUUAAUAUGGAUUAUUAUUUUAAAGGGAAUAGGGCUUAUGUUAAUUUUGUGAAGAACAAAAUGUAUGGUGAUGAUAAUAAGGAAGAUGAUUAUAUACAAUAUGAUGAGAUAAGUAUAAAUGAAGCAAAUCAAAAUAAAAGAAAACAACAAAUUGAUAGUAGUAAUAAUAACAACAAUGUUGUUGUUAAUAAUGAUGAUAAUGAUAAUGAUAACAUGUGUAGCAAUAAUAAUUAUUAUUAUAAUAAUAUUUAUAAUAAUGAUAAUUUGUGUUAUAAUAGAAAUUCUAUACAAUUUGACGAUUAUAUGGAUGAAACAAUACUUUCCGAAUUAAUAAAUAAUAAAGAAACUGAUGGAUUAAAUGCAGAUUCAUCUAAUUUAGGACCAUAUAAUAUGAAUAAUGUUAAAAAUAAAAAUAAUAAUAAUAAUAAUAGUAAUAAUAAAAGAAAAAAGAAUGAGAAAAAUGAAAAGAUAGAUAAAAUAGAACAAUUUUUACAUGAAUCCGAAUUAGAAAAAGAUAUUAUGAAUAUAACAUUUAAUGAAAAAGAAUUUUUAGGAAAAGAUUUAUCAUUUAAUUUUUAUUUCCGUUCUAUUAUGUAUUAUAACAAAGAUAUUAUAGCUAGUAAUAAUUUAGAAUAUUUAAUGAAAGAUAAAAACUUUAUUACAGGAAAUGUAGGGAAGAAAUAUUUCUUUAUAUCCUUAUUAUUUAAUAUAGAUUAUUAUAAUGUAAGAGGUAUGAAUAUAGGAAAUAAAGUAGUAUCCAAUAGGACAAUGUUUAUAAAUAAAAUAUUGAGAGAUAAUAAAGGAAAGGUCUUAAAUUUAAAGGUAUUCCAUAUAUAUAAUAUUUUUUCAAAAAUUAUUGAAUUAUAUUAUGAGAGGAAAAGAAAGGGCCAUAAUAUGAUGUCCUUAAAAAAUAGCAAAAUAGCAUCAACAAAUGGUAACAACAACAACAACAACAACAACAACAACAAUAAUAAUAAUAAUAAUAGUAAAAGUAAUUUGAAAGAUGAAGAUAAUACAAUCAACCUAUUUGAUUAUAAAACAGAUGAAGAUUUUUAUUAUAAAGUAAAAAUGAAUCCAUCCUAUUUCUUCUUAUUAUAUGCUAUAAAAAAAGAUUAUGAUAAACGAAAUAAAAAUAAAUUAAUAUUUAUGAAUGUUAAUUCUGAUUUAGAAGCAUAUAUUGAAGAUAAAAAAGAUAAUAAUAUAUAUAAUAGAUUUGAUUUGAACAUAUUAUUAGUACCUAUUUCUUCUCAAAUUGUUUUAAGUAAAUUUAAUGGAAAUUUAAAUAUGUUUAAUGAUAAUGAUUAUCCAUUAAUUACAUUUAAAUAUUUAACAAGUACAUAUGAACUUAUAUGUAUAGGAAUUAUAUUAUGUUCAUCUAAAUUAUUAUUACAAGAUUAUAUUUUGAAUUGGUUUUUUCCAAAAUUAAAAGAAAGAAGAUUAGUAAAAGAUGAUGUAGAUUUAAAGAUAGAUGAUAUUUAUGUAUAUGAAGAAUCAGAAUUAUAUUGUUUAGAAAAAAUACGAAAAGUUUCAUGUAAUAUAAAAAAAUUAUUAAAAAAAUAUAGUAAUACUAUAGUUAUUCAAUUAAAGAAAACAAAUAUGAAUAAUAGUAAUAUAGAUAAAAUUAAUUUAAAAUGUGUAGAAUAUAGUAAAUUAAAUAAAUACAAUUUCUGUUCAAAAUGUAGAAAUAAUUAUAUAUGUAUAUGUGAAAAAAUAGAAAGAGAACAAUUAAGAAAAAAAGUGAGUCUCAUAAAACAAGAAGAGCAAUUAUAUAGAUAUUUUAAAAUAUACAACAACAAUAUGAAUAUGAACAACAACAACAGCAAUAAUAAUAAUAAUAAUAAUAAUGAUGAUUUGUUAAAUAUGCUAAAUAAUGAUAAAGAAGCAAAAAAAAUAUUAGUACUUAUGGAAAAAAUGAAAGAUUUAAAAAAAGCACAAAAUAUCAAGGCACAAGAAAAAAAAAUUAAUAAAAAUAUAAAUUCAACAAAUACACAAAAUGUAGAAAAUGAUAAUAAUAAAAAAUUAGAAUCAAAAAAAGAAAAAGAAAAACUUCUCUUUAAUAUAUAUGAAACUCCAAAUUUUGUACAAGAAUUAGAAGCAAUUGAAAAUUCAUGUCGUUCUUCUAAUAGUUCUAUGUUAUCUUUAUCCAGUGAUAAUAUCUCAAGUUAUUCAUCCGAUGAUAAUUUAUUUGUUGAUGAAAUCGAUAGUGGCUCCUAUACAUUUAAUAAUAUUGUAAUACCUAAUAUGGUUUCUGUUAAAGAUGAAGAAAAUGAAACACAAGAAAAAACCAAUUCAUCAGACCUAAAAAAAAGUCAGAAAGUAAAUAUUAUUAAAAAAGGUAAUGGUGUAAAAAAUGAUAUGGAAGAUAUUAUGUUAAAAGAAUUUCAUAAACUUAGUAAACAACGAAUAUCAAAUAUUUAUAAUUUACAACAAUCCGUUCAGUUGUCCCAAGAAAAUGUGAAUAAUAAUAAUAUGGUGCUUAAUUUUAUAAAAGCCCAGGAAAACAUGAAAAAUAAAAAUAUGAUAAAAGAUGCAAAAAAAGAUUCCAAGAAAAUACCCGUAGAUGUAUUAAAGGACAAAAAAGGAAAGACAAGUAACAAAGAGGAGUUAGAAAAAGAAAAGGAAAAAGAGGAACAUAAGCUAAAGGAGCAGCAAACUGUUCAAGAGGAUCAAAAAGUAAAGGAUAAUAAAAAAAUUAAGGAUAAUCAAAAAGUUAAGGAUAAUAAAAAAAUUAAGGAUAAUCAAAAAGUAAAGGAUAAUAAAAAAAUUAAGCAAGACAACAUUGAAAAAACCAAAAAUGAUAAAGAAGAACCUAUCCAAAUUAAUGAAAAUACAAAACAGAGUAAUAUCAAAAUUGUUUCAUUAACUAAAUCACAGGAAUCUCUUACGGAUAAUAAAAAAACAAAUGCAGAUAACGAAAAGCAACUUACUGUUAAUAAAAUUGUACCAAAGAUAGAAAACAAAAAAACAGAACCUGCUGUUGAUGUAAAAGGAAAGGUAGAGAAGUCUAAAUUAUCAAAGGAUAAGAGUGUAAUAGUACCUGAGGUGAAAAAAGAAAUAAUUAAUAAUUCUGUCAUUAUGAACAAUGAUGGAUCAAAUAAUGAGAAUAAGAAUAAAGAGAAUAAAAAUAAAUCUUCUGAAAAGAGUAAGGCGAAGGAUAACAAUAAUAAUAAAAAGGAUAAUAAUAACAAUAAUAAUAAUAAAAAGGAUAAUAAUAACAAUAAUAAUAAAAAGGAUAAUAAUAACAGUAAUAAUAAUAACAAUAAUAACAACCUUAGUAAUAAUGGCGAGGAAGAUCCUAAUGAUAGUGAUAGCGAUAAAGAUAAAAAGAAAAAAAAUAAAAAGAAAGAUAACAAAAAUAUAAAUGACGAUAGCGAUGAUAAUAACAAAAAUAAGAAGAAACUCAAGAAUAAUAUUAAAAACUCUGAUGAUAUUAUAAAUAAUUAUUUUUCCAAAAAUGUUAUUGAAUAUAUUGAAAAAAAUGAUAAACUAGAAAAUAUUGCAACGUAUAUAUAUAACGAAUUAAUAGAAAUAACGAAAAAGAAAAUAAAAAAAAAUGUUAUACGUUUAGAUAAUUUAUCAGCAGAUAAUUAUUUGACCAUAGGAGAAGAAUUCUUAAAUGUUAUGAAAGAGAUAUUAUUAAAAAUAUAUUACAAAUAUAAUGAGGAUGAUUACAGAAAACAUUACUUAAGGAUGAAUAAUAAUGAAAAUGACAAUAAUAAUAAUAAUAAAAUAUCUUUAAAAAAGAAAUCAGAAACAGAGGCUUCAAAUAAAAAUGUAGAGAGUAAUGAUAAUGUAGAUGGAAAAUUAGAAAAUGAAUAUAAUGAGGAUGAAACAUACAUGAAUAAAUUCAAUUUAUGUGAUGAUGAACAUGUAAUCAAAUUUUUAAAUCUUAUAAAAAGAAAACUUAUAUAUAAAAUAUUAUUCCCAGAUAUUCAAAUUGAUACAAAAAGUAAAGGAAGAAAUAAAAAGAACGUGAAAAAGAAAAAACAAGUAGAUAUAAAAUAUGUAUAUGAUAUAUUUAAGAGGGAAUAUAUUUUUUAUGAUAAAAUAUUAAUUAUGAUUCAACAUAUAUUAGAUAUAAAUAUAAGAACAAAUAUAUUUUUAUUUGUAUAUUUAUUUGCUGGUAAAUUAAUAUCAUUUGUUGAUUUUGAUUAUAUAUUAAAUAAUACAAUUUUUUAUAAUGAUUAUGUAUAUUAUAAUAAGGUUGCUUUUGAAGAUACUUUUUUUCAAGAAGAAUCAUUAGAAGAAUCUAAUAAAAAAUAUUAUAAUAUGAAUGAUUCUAUAAAUAUGCCUCUCCCGGAUUCUCCUACUACUACUAGUAAUAGUAAUAAUAAUAAUAAUAAUAAUAAUAGUAAUAAUAAUAAUAAUAAUAAUAAUUAUGAUAAAGGGGAAGUAAAAGGUUUACGUACAUCUUCUGAACAGUUACUAAAUAGUUUAAACAAUGAAGGUAAUAAUAACAAACUAAAAGAAGAUAAUGUAAUGAUUAACGAAGAGAAUAAUGUGAAUGAAGAUAUUGAAAAGAAGAAAAAAAAGAAAAGUAUAGAGGAAGAAGGUUCAGGUGAUGAUGUUUUAAUAAAUGUAAAUAUGAGCAAAAUAAUAUAUAUAUUAAUUUUAAUUAGUAAUAAAAGAAUAAUGAAAGAAUUAAUUGAAGAAAAAUAUCGUGAGGAAUUAAAUGAAUAUUAUUAUUUUGAAAUGAAUAAAAAAUAUUAUGAUAUUUUAUGUAAUGAAUAUAAUAAGAUAUUGAAUGAAAAUUAUGCUAAAGAUUUAAGUGAACAUUAUGUAAAAGAUGAAUUAUUUUUUGAAAGUUUAAAUAUUAUAGAAUUAUUAAAUAAUAAAGAAUAUAUAUCUACAUUAACAGAUACAAAUAAAUAUAUAAAAGAUGAAAAUAAGAAAUUAAACAAAACACAUGUAGAUGAUAAUGAAUUAAUAAUAAAUGAAUAUGAAUUUAUGAAUGAAAAAAAUAUAAAUAAAUAUAUUAAUAUACAUAAUAUUAUUAAAUUCAAAUUAAAUUUUAAAAUAGCUAUAAAGAAAAUUAAUAUAUUACAAGAUAAAAUCUUUAUUAAUAAUAAUGAUAAUAUAAGUUCAGGUAUUUCAUUUUAUUCUUUAAUAUUUAAAUAUAAUAGUAACUUAAUUAAUACUCUACAUACAGAUAUUAUGAAAACAACACAGAAUAAUAAUAUGUCCAUUCCUAAUAUGACCAAUUAUAAUAAUUAUUUACAAGUUAGUAAAAAAGAUAUAGAUAAACUAAAAGGAAUUUAUAAUAAAUAUGUUGUAUUGAAUAACAAACCAAAUGUAUUGAAAGAUAUGUAUAUAUUAAACUCAGAAAUUAAUACACUCUUGUCAGUUUUGUACAACGAUAUUAAUUAUAAUAAUAUGAUGAAUAACACGUAUAAUAAUAUAUUAGGUGAUACACAUAUAUCUGCACAAAAUGGAGGAUAUUUAAGAGCAGGUAGUAAUAAUUUAAGUAAUAAUAAAAUGAAUAAUCAAGGAGGAAAUCAUAUAAAUGUGAAACGUGUUUUAACAAAUAAUCUUAAUAUGAAUAAUAUGAAUAAUAACAAUAAUAACAAUAAUAACAACAACAACAACAACAACAACAACAACAACAACAACAACAACAACAACAACAACAACAAUAAUAAUAAUAAUAAUAAUAAUAUAUAUAUAAAUGAAGGUGGUACAAUAAAUAUGAAAGAUUUAAAAUUAAAUCUAUCAAAAGUUAUUGGAACCAACCCAGAUAUUCAAAAUGAAAUAAAUAAUAACAGUAAUCACGAUAAAAAGAGUAUAUUAAAAAAUUCAAGUACCUAUUCUUCUAUAUACGAUAAUAAUACACCUACAAUUAUUAAUAAAAAUAAUAAUAAUUUAAAAACAAGUGUAGGAUUAAAUUCACCCACCUCAAAUAGGAAUAAAAAAAGUGUUACGACCUUUGAUUCAAAAGUAACAUUAUCAGCAUCUUACAAUUCAAAUGAAAUAAAUAAUAUGAAUGAAGAUUCUAAAUUAAGAAGAUUAAGUGAUCAACCCUUAAGUGCCAAAAGCUCAAAGAUUGUAACGCCCCCUGGAAAUAAUAUGAAUAACAAUACAAAUAAUGUGAUUAACAAUACAAAUAAUGUUCCUAACAAUACAAAUAAUAUUAUUAAUAAUAAUGUUGCUACGAACAAAUAUAUUAAAAAGAGCAAAUUCAAAAGAGUAUAUAAUAAGGAUAUUCCAUAUAUAUGUAAUGAAGGGAAAACUUGGAUGGUUAUUUAUAAACCUGCAUAUUAUCAUUGCUCAGCAUAUACUUCUCAUAAUAGGUAUAAUUUCUUAGUAAAUAUUAAUAAAUAUAGUGAUUAUUUUUAUAAUAUCCUAGAAAAAAUAUGUAUGAAAUGUAAAAUAAAAACAAAGUUUAUGUGUAUUACUUGUAAAGAUAUGGAAAAUAUUUGUAGUAAAUGUGAAAAUAUUGUUUCUAAAUUUUGUAAGAAAUGUAAUCUUUUAAUAAAAAAAAAUAGAGAUGUAUUAAAAAUUAUUAAUAGUAUAUCCUUAAAUGAUGUUGUCUUUAGUGGUCGAGUAGAAUCAUUUCAUUUAUUCAUGAUGAAAUCAUUCCCACAUUUAGAAACCGUAAAAAAAUGGCAUAAAUUAGAAUGUGGUUUAUGUCAUAGAAUAGAUCUAGAAACAUCAGGAAGUUUAAUAAUAGCUAAAACUAAAGAAGCGAGAGAAUUUUUAUUUGAUCAAUUUCGUAAAAGAAAUGUAUAUAAAGAAUAUAUUUUAUUAUGUCAUGGUAGAAUUAAAAAGAAAAAAGGAUUUAUUAAUAAAUCGAUACAAACGCAUGAAUAUAAUAAUUUUCAUAGUAAGAGCCAUUUUAGUUUAGUUGUGAAAACAGGGGGAACAGAUGCAUAUACCGAAUAUAAUUGUGUUAAAGUAUAUAAAUUAAAAAGAAAAAUUGAAGAUAUUAUUCAAGAAGUACAAGAUGGAAAAUAUAAUUGUAAUAGUACAGUCAAAAAGGAUAUUAAUAAAGAAAUAUAUUGUAAUGAUUAUUAUAAAUUUUUAAAUAAUAACAAGAAGAAUGUAAAUAUAAUACAACGUUAUGUAAUCAUAACUAAUAUUUUAUCAAAUCAUGAUAAUAUAACCAAGAAAAAGGAUACUUCAAAUAAUCUUAUGACACAAGAAGAUUAUUCUUCAUUCGUUCAAAGAAAAAAUUCUCAUAUUAUAACAAACUAUUUUUCAGAUUCACAAAUAUUAGAAGAUAAGAAAAAAAUAAAAAAAAAAAUAAGUAGUACGCAUAAUAAUAAAACAUUAAAUAUUAAAGGAAUUAAUCAUAUUUUGCAUGAUGAUACACAUUAUAAUUUAAAUGGUAACAUUAAUUCGAGAGGUAGUUAUAUUAAUAAAAAUGAUUUUACAAAUAAUAUGAAUAAUAAUAUGAAUAAUAUGAAUAAUAUGAAUACUAGUACGUUGGGUAUAUAUACUUCAGGAGCACCAUCUAUUAAGAAAGAAGUUUGUCAUCAUUUAUGCUUUAGAUGUAAUUCUAUAUCAGAGGAUUAUUUCUUAACAGAUCCUAAAGAGAUUGAGAAUUAUACAAAAGAAUUUACUUUAUGUAAUGUAAAAAUCCAUACAGGUAGAACCCAUCAAAUUAGGGUCCAUAUGAGGCAUAUAGGUCAUCCAUUAGUUUCUGAUAAAAAAUAUUUGAAUCCAUCUUUAAGUAAUCUAGAUAAAUUCUGGUGUUUCCGUAUGUUUCUUCAUUCUCUAAUAUUAGAAUUUAACAAUCCAGAUUAUUAUUUCUUUAAUUUAAAUGAUGAUAUGAAAAAAAAAAAAAAAAUGUAUUCAAGUAAUCUAUAUAGAAUGCCUGAUAGAACAGUUAAAGCAAUAUGUCCAUUAGCAGGUGAUUUACAAACGGUUUUAGAUAAUGAAUUAGAAAUAUCUGAAAGUUUAGAGGAUGAAAAUAGUUAUAUUAAUAGAAUAUUGAAAAUGAAUAUUAAUGACAAAAGAAAUGAAGCUAUGAAAAAUGCAAGACCAAUUAUUGAAGAUGAUAAAUUUGUAAAACAUGCAAGUAUGGAUAGUAGUAAGAUCAUACAUUCAGCUCGUGAAGAAACUAAUGAUAAAGAAAAAAUUUCUACACAAGCUAAAAUUAUAGAAGUAGGAAAGAAAUUAACUACAAAGGAUGAAGACAUGUUACAUUCGAAGAAGACAGACGUUAUCCAACAUGGUGAUGAAGAAGAAGAUGAUGAAGAAGAUGAUGAAGAAGAUGAUGAGGAGGAUGAAGAAGAGGAAGAAGAAGAUGAAGAUGAAGAAGAUGUAGAAGAUGUGGAAGAUAUAGAAGAUGUAGAAGAUGUAGAAGAUAUAGAAGAUAAUUAUGUUGAUGAUGAUCAAUAUGAAGAUAAUUAUGAUGACGAUAAUGAUAAUGAUGAUGAUGAUGAAUAUGAUCAUGAUUAUGAUGAACACAUAAAUGAAGAAGAACAAGAAGAUGAUGAUAAAAAAAACAAUGUGAAUAUUAAUGAUUCUUAUGAAGAAGGAGAAGAAGAAGGAGACGGAAAAUUAAAUACCAAAAUAAAGAAAGAUAAAAAAUCCACAGAAAAUAAUAUUAGUGUUGUUGAAGAAAAAGUAAAAUCUAUAGAUAUAAAUAAAGAAGAAGAUUUUCCAGAUUUAUUGUCAAAUAGUAAAAAGAAAAACCAUAAAGAUAAAAGGAAUGCUUCAAAAAAUAAAAAUAAAAAUAAAGAUAUUUUAAAAAAAAAUGAAAAUAAUAUAAAUGAUGAAAAGGAAAAAAAAAGUUCUAAUGUGAUCACAAAAAAUAAUAAAGAACAAAAUGAAAUAAUAGAUAAUAAAAAUGAACAUGUAGAUAAUAAAAAUGAAAUAAUAGAUAAUAAAAAUGAAAUAAUAGUUAAUAAAAACGAAAUAAUAGUUAAUAAAAACGAAAUAAUAGUUAAUAAAAACGAAAUAAUAGAUAACAAAAAUGAACAUAUAGAUAAUAAGAAUUUAUUAAAUGGUUCUUUAGAUGAAUAUAAUAAUUUUAAAGAAAAGAAUUUAUUAUCAAAAGAAAAUCUAAAAAUAAAUGAUACUACUACUAUUACUACUAGUGUAGAAAUACCUAAUGAUGAACAUAUAAAAAAAAUAUUAUUAAAAAAACCAACAAAUAAAAUUUUACGUAAAUUAAAUUAUGAUGACUUCUUUACAAAUAAAAAGAAAAAGGAUAUGAAUAAAGAAAAUAUGAAAAAAACAGAUGAACAAAAAAUAAAAGAAGAAAUAAAACAAACACAAGAUGAAGAAGAUACUUAUCUCGAUUUAAUAGAUAAUGAAAUUAAAAAAAGAUUAAGAACCAAUUUUAAUUUAUUAGUAAAAGAAGCAAAAAUAGUUAUUAAUAAUAUUAUAAGGAACAGUUUUGUUUUUAAAAUUUUAUUUUAUUUUUUUAAAUUAAAAAAAACAUUAUUAUAUUUAUUAAAAUGUUUUGGUAUAGAACAAAUUAAAAAAGAAAAAAAGGUGUAUGUAGAAAUGAAUAUAUUAGAUGAAUUUGUUAACAAUAUGAAUGAAAAUAAGGAAAAUAUGCCUAUAGAUUUCUUAUAUGAAUUAAUACAUAGUAUAACAUAUUUUUAUAAAAAUAUGCAUGUAAAAAAAACCAGAAAAAAGAAAGAAAUAAUAAUAUAUACAUUGAAAAAGCAUUUAAAAAAUAUUAAAAGUAAUUCAAAUAUUUCUAAAACAAAAAGAAGCUUGAUUUUUCAACGAUUUUAUAAUAUUUUAUUUAAUUUGAAUUAUGCUUUAAAUAAAUAUGGUUUAAAAACAAAUGAAAAUUUAAAAAAUCAAAUAAUGAAGAAAAGUAAAAAUGUAUAUUUAAAAAUUACAAAUGUUUUUACUAUCAUAAUGAAUAUAUUAAAUUCGAAAGUAUAUAUGAAAGAUAUACAUAUUAAAAAGCUAAUGGAAAAUAAAGCAGUGUUUUCUUUAAAUACUAUAGAACAGUUUUUAUUACUACACAAAAUAAAUAAUGAAACAGGAGGAGAAGGCACAAAUAAUGAUAAGGAAAAGAAAAGACAAACGAAAGUAAGUAACACUCAAGGAUAUAAUAAAGAUAAUAUAAAUAAUAAAGAAAAGGAAACAAAUAAAAAUGAGGAACAACAACAAGGAGAAGCAGAAGGAAAAAGAGAAGGGGAAGGAGAAGAAGGAGAAGGAGGAGAAGAAGAAGAAUGUAAUUAUUUAAUUGAACAAAUUAAUAAAAUAUUUUUUAAGGUAGAUAAAAAUAAUGAACAUAUGCUAAAUGGAGUACUCCUUGAAAAUGAUGAUGAUUAUUUGGAUGAAGAAGGAAAAGUUUCUAAGAAAAAAAUGAAAAAGAAAAAAUUAUUAAAUGAUAAGGAACACGAAAAGGAUAAUGAAGAUAAUGAUGAAGAUAAUGAUGAAGAUGAUGAUGAUGAGGAUGAUGAUGAGGAUGAUGAGGAUGAUGAUGACGAUGAUGAUGACGAUGAUGAUGACGAUGAUGAUGACGACUAUGAUGAAGAUUAUGAUGAAGAUUAUGAUGAAAAACUUGUAGAGAAUAAAAAGAAUGAACGCUCAAAUAUUAUAAUGUCUAAAGAAAAUAUGAACAAAUUAAAUAUGCAACCAAAAAAUACGAAUAAUCGUAGUAGUAGUAGUAAUACUAUAGAUAUGAAGAAAAAAAUAUAUGAAAAGAAUUGUAUGAAAGAAAAGGAAUAUCGUACGCAUGACCUGAUAACAAACGAAUCUAUUAUGUAUAAGAAUAACGAAAUAUAUGAUAAAGAAAAAUAUCGUAGAAAUCAAGAAAAUAUAAAUCAUAUGUCAUCUAAUUAUAUGGAUAAAAAUAUAAAUCAUCAUCAUGAAUAUGAUAAUAUGAAGAAAAAGAAUUAUAGUAAUAAUAACAUAUAUAAUAAUAAUAGUAGUAAUAAAGUGUCCAUGGAUGAAGAGAAGAGAAAAAAUUUAGAUAACAAUACAUAUCCUUAUCCUAUGUAUGAAAAUGUAAAAGAAAUAGAAAAAAAUAAAGUACAACAAAAUUUAUUUCAUAUAAGUAAAGAAAAUAAUAAUAAUAAUAAUGAUAGUACGAAUAACAAUUCAGUGUAUGAUUAUAAUAUGAGUAAUUCAAAUUAUGGGAGUAAAAUGGGAAGUAAUAAUAUAAAUGAUUCGACCAAUUAUUACAAUAUGAGAGAAAAGAAUAUAUAUAAUAUAUUAUGUAAUAAUGAUAGUAAUAAUUAUGUUCUAUUUAAUAGUAAUGAAAAAUAUUCUAUGAAUAAUAAGAUUAGUAAUUCAAUAUUGAGUAAUAUGAUAAUGAAUAAACAAGAUAAUAAUAAUAUAAAUAUUAAUCAAAAUAAUAAUAAUAAUAAUAAUAAUAAUAUGAAUGAAGGAGGAAGCGAAACAUUAUAUAGCAGCUUUACUAAAGAAAUUGAAAAGUUAAAAAAGGAAGUUAGGAAGUGUGAAGAAAGUUAUGAUAAAGAAAUGGUAGAAAUUCAAAAUACAAAGAAAGAAAUAAAAUAUUUAAGAGAAAAUAAUAAAAAUGAUGAAUUAAAUAAUAUAUUUUCAGAAUUAAAUUUAGAGAAUAUUUCUAAAUAUUUAUUAAGUGCAUAUGAAAAAUAUGGUUUGAAUGUGUUUAUAAAAGUUUUAGUUUAUAAGAAUGAUUUAGGACAUAUAAAUGAUCAUAUUAAAAAACAGGAUGAUGUUAAUAUGGAAUUUUUUAUUAAUAUAUCUGUUGAUAAAAUAUUUGAUUAUUUAUUAUUAAAAAAAAAUAUUAUAACUAUGGUUAAUAUUAAAAAAUUAAAAGAAAAAUUUAUACAAGGUCAAAAAAUUUAUGAAUUAGUAAAAAAUGAAACGAAUAAAAUGAUUAUAGAAAAUAUCAAAGAAUAUAAUUUUAUAUUUAUAUUAUGGAAACAUAAUAAUAUGAAUGAUUUAUAUGAAAGGAAACAAGUCAUAUUUAAUUUCAUAAUAAAAAUUAUUGAUAAAAUUAUACCGAAGUAUAUUAUUAAUGAAUAUAUUAUAAUACGUAAAAAUGAAAUAUAUGAAAUUAUGAUCAAUUCUUUAAAUAAAAAAAAUGAAUAUGAAAAAAAAAAUAAAGACAUUUCCUCAUCACAAUAUUUAGAAAAAGAAAAUACAUAUAAUAAUUUAUAUAAAAAAAUCAAAGAUGAAAAAAGGAUAGUUGAUAAUUAUUCCAUUGAAAUGCAUGCAGAAAAAAAUAUCACAAACCCAAUAUAUAUGUCCCAACGAGAAGAUAACAGCACACCAAAUAGUAAAAAGAAUUGUAGUAACACGAAUCAUAUUAUGAGCAUCAACCAUAGCAACAUGAACAAUACAAAAAACACAAACAACCACAACAAUAAUAAUAAUAAUAAUAAUUAUGUUGUGAAUCAUACAACUCAUUCUACUAGUUUUUAUUAUUUACAUAAUGAAAAACCAAGUAAUGUUAAUACGGAUAAUCAAAAAGAAAUAAAGGAUGAUAAUGUUCACAUGAAAUUUCAGUCACUUCCGGAAAACAUAAGGAUUGGUGUUUUUAAAAAUGAUGUAAAUAAAUUUUAUGAGAUAUAUAAAAUGAUGAAUGCAGGAAAUGAUUUAAAUAGUUUGAUGUAUAAAAAUUCGGGGCAUAUCAAAAAUAAAGUAAAUAACGAACCUUAUUCGAAUAAUUAUAAGAGAAAUACUUUUUGUACGAAUGAUAUAAAUUUUGCUGCAUCAGCACAACAAUCUUUUAUGAACAAAAAUGUUAUAAAUAGUAUGAAUAAUAAUAUGGUGAGCAGCAAUAAUAUGAUAAGCAGCAAUAAUAUUAUAAGCAACAAUAAUAUGAUAAGCAGCAAUAAUAUGAUAAGCAGCAAUAAUAUGAUAAACAGCAAUAAUAUGAUAAGCAGCAAUAAUAUGAUAAGCAACAAUAUGAUGAACAACAAAAUGAAUAGUAGUAAUGUUCAAAUAGAUACUGAAAAAACAAGGACCAUGAAUAAUUUACAAGAUCAAUUUUUAAAUCUUCAAAAAAAUGGCUCGCAUAUAUAUUUAAGAAAUACAAAAGAUUCUAAAAACAGUGAUAUAUUUACAUUUAAAAAUAAUGUUAGAUCUCCAUCACAACAUAUAACAUUGAAUGAAGGAAAAGAAAAUGGUAUUGAUAUGAAAAAGAAAAUUGAACAAGAGGAAGAUAAAAAAAAAAUAAUAAAUAACAAUAACAAUAAUAUUAAUAGUAACAAUAAUAUUAAUAGUAACAAUAAUAUUAAUAGUAACAAUAAUAUGAACGAUGAGGAUCUAAUAAAAAAGGAAAUAAAUAUGAAUACUAAUGAUUAUGAAGAAAAUGAAAAAAGGUCUUCACAAAAUAAAACAAACUAUUUUGAUAAUAUUAUUAACAAUUCUUAUAUUAAUAAUAAAAUGAACAAUUUUAUGAUAGAAAAAAAAGAAGAAUUAAAUAAUGAUAUGAUAAAUACGUUUACAAAUAAAAGAGAAAUAAACAUACAAACGGAAAAAGCUAAAGAACAAAAUAUAAAAGAACCAUAUGAAGUAAAAGAAACAAACCAUAACAAAGGUAUUAUUCAUAUGUAUUAUGAUAAUGAAAAGGAUAUAAAUAAUAUCACAAGCGCUAGUGGGAAUAGACAUAAUAAUAUAGAGAGGGAUAAAAAUAAUAUUCAAACGAAUAAAACAUCAAACAAUUUUGUUAAAAGUUUUAAAAAUACCAUAUCUGAAAUGUUUUAUAAAAAAAAAUUAAAUAAAAAUACAGAAAUAAAAGAUGAACCGAACCAAAAUAAUGAUACUAUGAUAUAUAAUAAUUUACAAGAUAUGUCAAAAAAAGUUGAUGAAUAUAAUGAAAAUAAAAAUUAUAACCAUAACAUUGUUCAUAAUAAUGCUCUGAAAUCAAAUCAGAUGGAUAAUGAAGAGAAAAAAAAAAUUGAACUACCUCACAAUAAUAAUAAUAAUAAUAAUAACAGUAAUGAGCGUAAAGAUUUAUUGAAUAAUCCUAUGAGUGUAAAUAUGCAAAAUGCACAAAAUGUACAAAACACCAAUCGAUCUCAUGAAUAUCUAAUCAAUAGUAAUAUUUCCUUACCUAAUUUUGUGGACGAAAAUACAUGUUCGAAUUUAAAAGAAAAACAAUUUGAAAGUUUUGAGAAAAAUCAAAUGGAUAUGACUAAUCCAAAUAUGAUGAUGUUUAAUAUAAUGUUAGGUAAUAACUUAGAUGGUAUUAUUCCGAAUUAUAUGGAAGAAAAACAUAAUAAAAAUAUGAACAAAAAUGUGAACAAUAAAAAUAGUGUUAGUUUAAGUAGCAGUAUGAUAAAUAACGGAAAUGUAAUUAAUAAUCGAAUGCAUACAAAAACUAUAAAUAAUAAUAGUAAUACUUGUGUUCCUAAUAUAAAAUAUCCUAACUUUUUUAUUAAUAAAAAUAAUAUUCCAUAUACUAAUGAAAAUAACAAAAGUUUGAGUGAAUCAAACUUAAUGAAUUUAGUAUGUGAAUUAAAUAAUAUAGAAAAAGUAGAAAAUCUAUCAAUGCAAAAUAAUUUAAAUAAUAAUAUUAAUAAUAAAAGAAGUACCUUAUCACAAAUGAAUUUAUUAAAUAUGGAAAAUACAAAAGGAAACGAACAACAUAUGAGAACUGAUCUUCAUCAUAAUAUAAAUAAUAAUAUAUUUCUUUCAAAUAAUUUAUGUGAUAAUAAAAUAGUAAAUCAAAUGUUUUUAAAAAAAUAUUAUAAUUCCAACUUUGUACAUUAUGAUGAGGAAAAUGAAGAAAAAAAUAAAUUAGGAACUAUUCCACGGCAUAACACAACAACUACCAACAAUAAUAAUAAUGAUAAUAAUAACAAUAGUAAUAAUAAUAUGCACCUGUUUUAUAAUUUUAAUGGUAAUACACCAUCAGAUAUAAAUAAUUCCUAUUGUCAACAAAAAAAAAUUAUGAGCAGCAGUAUUAUUAUGAAUAACAAAGAAAACAAUAAUUUACAUUUUUUAAAUAAUACAUAUGAUAUAAACGGGUCAUACGCUACUAGUAGUAUAAUAAAUAACAAUAUGAAUAGAAAUAAUAGUAAUAGUGUGAAUUCAAAUUAUUUAAAUAAAACGUUUAGUAUCAUGGACCCGAGAAACAACAUAAACGAAUAUGAAGAGAAACAGAAAAUCAUUAUUAAUCGAAUAAAACAACAAAAUAUAAGUAAUACAAGUGGUAAUAUGAAGAAUAGUAGUAAUAUAAGAAGUAGUAGUAAUAUAAGAAGUAGCAAUAAUAUAAAAAGUAGUAGUAAUAUAAAAAGUAGUAGUAAUAUAAAUGCAAAUAAUAAUAUAUUAUAUCAAUUAAUAGAUGAGAACAUUUUAAAAAAUACCUUAUCAAAUAAUAAUCCUUUUAAUGAAAUAAAGAAUAACACUCAAAAAACGAAUAUGGAUUUCGGUUUAAAUCAAUUAUCUAUGUACAUGCAAAAUAAUGUUACAUCUAAUUUAAAAAAUAAUAGUAUAACAAAUGAAACCCAUAAUAACAAUGAUAAUAUGAAGACUAAUCAUAAUAAUAACAAUAAUAAUAAUAAUAAUAAUAAUAAUAAUAAUAAUAAUAAUACUAGUGGUUAUCCAAUAAAUUAUCUUAUUUUUCAACAAAAUCAAAACCAUUCAGAUACAAAUAAUAACAAUAAUAAUAACAACAAAAACAACAGCAACAACAAUAAUAAUAAUAUAUACUAA